AUGGGAGCCAAGUGCACAAGCGAGAAGCGAAAAGCGGCCAGGGUUCAGGCUGAUGAGCAGAGACCAAGUGGGUCUGCUCAGGUGAUAAUGUGUGGGAAAUAUGGUCCACAUGCAGAGGCUUUCUGUGAUGAAUGGUACUUAAAACUGAUAGACUGUGCACAGUCAAUGGCAGAACUAGAGCCGGUGCAGCUGGUACAUUGCACCAAAGCUCGCUGCAGUAAAGGCAUUACAAUGCUCAGCUCUAUAAAUGCACAGGAGAUCAGAAAGACAGCAAACGAGGUGCUAGAGAAUCAGCCCUUGAAACUAAGGAUGAAAAGGCAACACAGUUUGACAGUUUUUUUCAAUAAGAAAACAAAGUCAGAUUCUUCUGUUGUAUCAGAAUUGGCCUUGGAAGGUUCAACACAGUCACUAGCACAACCAAUCCAGCCUGAAGAAAGCAGCACGUCAAUUGAAAUAGAAAAUCACAUCAACUCCAAUAUUGUAAAUAGUCUUCCUGAAUGCUGGUCAGUGCAACAAUAUAAAAAUUUUAAAGUAAAAUAUGAAGGACUGGGAAUUUCUAACAAAAAGUUAGGUUGUGAGUAUUGUGCAAAAUAUGAUUUCAUAAAAGAGAAAAGUGUUCAUACGUCAAAAGAGUGGAAAGGUUUUCAGAUUGAGGCAUCAGGGAAAAACAGAGUGGUACAACAAGCUUCUCUAAGGAAAAAAAUGAAAGAACAUUUUUCAUCAAAGGCUCAUAACAUUUGUAAAGACAACUUCAAAAUACGUGAGCAGGAUACUAUAACAAACGUAGUAGAUACAAUGAAUAAAAAAUAUUUCAGUACUACUUGUAGAGUAUUUAAUACAGUUUACAGCCUGUCAAAAAGAUGUAAACCAUUUUCAGACAUAGAAGAUGAGAUUGAACUGCAAAUGAAAAAUGGAUUAGAUAUGGGAAUAGGAUUGCAUUCACGUAAAACUGCUGUGAAAAUAGUUGAUUUUAUUGCAAAGGAAAUUAAAAAAGAAAUAUUUACUAAAAUUACUGAAAAUGAUAAGAAAAUAUGUUUGAUUAUUGACGAAGCUUCAACGAUAUCUUGCAAACCAGUUAUUAUACUUUUCUUAAAAGUUGAGGACUCAGUUUCAUCUCCAACAAUUUUUGUUGAGCUAGUUGAAUUGGAAAAACAAGAUGCAGAGACAAUAUGUUCUUCAGUUAUGGAAAGUUUAAAUAAAGUUGGGCUUACUAAGAACUACUUACAAAAACAUUUAAUAGGAUUUUGCUCUGAUGGUGCAAGUGUUAUGCUUGGGAGAAAAUCUGGAGUGAGCACUAGGAUAGCAAAAGACUUUCCAAACAUAAUAAUAUGGCACUGUUUAAACCAUCGCCUCCAACUUGUUUUAGAUCACUCAAUAAAGGAAAUAAAGCAAGUAAAUCAUUUCAAAAUAUUCAUUGAUAAGAUAUAUACUAUUUUUCAUCAAUCCAAUAAGAACCAGAUUGAAUUUACCAAAAUAUCCGAACAACUCGGAAUUGAAAUUAUAAAGAUUGGUAGAGUUUUGGGACCAAGAUGGGCUGCCUGUAGUUUAAGGUCAACCCUAGCUGUGUGGCGCGCUUAUCCUGCGCUACAUCACUAUUUUUCUUCAAAUGCAAAGUACUUGGGUAUGGCUACCCGUCUUAAAAAUAUUUUUUUUUUCACUGAUUUGGCAUUGAUGAUUGAUAUUUUAAACGAAAUUUCUCUACUUUCCAAUGCACUGCAAGCAAGAAAUACAGACAUAAUAAAGGCUGAAAAACUUGUGAUACGAUCUAUUAAAGCAUUUAAAAUGCUUGAAAAAGAAAAGGGUCCAUACGAAAAAAAAGUUAAUGAAUUAAUUACUUCAGAAAGCUACAAAAAUAUAGAUUUUGUAGAAAAUCAUCGAUUUGUUGGCCUUCCUCGGGAAACACUUUUAGAAGGCAUUGUAACGAAUUUGAAAAAAAGAUUAAUGGAUUGUGGACAUUUAAAAGCAAGUUGUAGCCAAUUUAAUGAUAGUAAUACAUUUAAAUUUCUCACUUUUUUGGAGCCAGAUUACUGGAAUAUUGAAGAAGUAAUAGUUCCAUGGAAAGCAGCUGAAGAGCAAUUGCAUGUAUUUAAUACAUAUUUCAAUUACCAAAUUGAUAUUAAUGAGUAUCGAGAUUUUGUGGAAAAUGUUUUAAAAAACUACCAGAACUAUUCAAUUCCUGAAAGUGUUCAAAGAGCUAAAAAUAUUGUCAGAACAAUUGCUGUAAGUUCAGCAGAAGCAGAAAGGGGUUUUUCAAAGAUGAACAUUAUAUGUUCUGAGAAGAGAAGUCGCCUAACUGUUUCCAAUAUAUCAAACAUAAUGAUUAUCAGUCUAAUCGGCCUACCGCUAAAGGAAUGGAAUCCUACUCCUACCGUGCAAAGAUGGUUAAGGGUAAAUCACACAGCUGAUGAUGCUCGGAUAAAAGCAAAGAAAAUUGCAAGUGAGGACGCCAAUCAAACAGCAAUAUGGAAAUAUCUUCAAUAA